GGUUGAAUUCCUUGUCUGUAAAAAGGAGAAGGAAAGAAUAUCGGGUUGUGUGUAUAAUUGUACCGCAUUAAAAGCACAUUUUACGAUGCUUGACGUCGCUCUGGCCAGCGCCGGUGCCCAAGUCGUCCUGGCGACCUCCAGCGAUGAGAAUUUCCCUCCAGAAAACAUCAUUGACGGGAGCGGUUCCACGUUCUGGUUGACUACAGGACUGUUUCCACAGGAGUUCAUCAUCAGUUUUACAAGUCUCAUGAACAUCAACAACAUCAGGCUUCUCACUACCAAUGUUGAAGGACUAUCCAUAGAGAGGAGUGUACAAAAUGAGCCAGUCAACUUUGAGCCACUGACAGAAAAAGUGCUGGAAUUUGUGGAGGGAGAGUUGCAGAGUGAAGACAUUCAGGUUGAUGCCACCACAGCUCACCAUCUCCGCUUUGUCGUUAAGUCUGGCUUCGACCACUUCAUCUCCAUCCACAGAGUCAACGUCAAUGGCUCAGCAGUGCAUUAGAUUAAUAAUAAUUAAGAAAAAAAGAUAUGUAUACGACAGAUUGAUAACAAGUUCUGUAAGGAUGAUAGGACUGGGGUGUGCAUGAUGAUGAUGAUGAUUAAUGAUAACAAGUUACCUACAUGUAGUGAAGUUCUGUAAGAAUCUGUAUAUUUUCUGAGCUGUUAUAAUGUAAGUUAAAGGGUCUGAUAUAUCGUACUUGUAAAAUAUAUCUUGAAAAUAGAUAAAUGGACAAUAA